CCGAGCCCAGCCCGCCGGGCGCCGAGUGGGCCGACGCGCUGACCGCCGUCCACGCGCUGAGCCGCAACCUACAGGCUCUGGUGGACAGCGUCUGCCCAGACCGAUCAGCUGACGACUGCGACCCGUCGAGGCUGGACCGUCUCUCAGCUGACGAGCUGACGCGACACAUGACGAACCUGACCUUCCCGAGCGCCGACGGCCAGCCCACCUCGUUCCUGUCUGACCGCUACCUGGCCAACGCCUCACUGCAGCUGGAGAACGAGUGGCGUGAGGGCUCGAAGCGCCGCUGGGUGCCGGUGGGCAACAGCAGCCGGCACCUGGGCUUGCAGCUGCAGCUGGGCCGGCUGGUAGCCUACAGCGAGCAGGGCGGCGCCGUGCCUGCCAGCAGCCUCCAGUCGCGCUGCACCGGCUGCGACGCCGGCACUGACCAGCCGACCAUCAUGGAGGUGGCGCUGAACCGCUCCAGCUACCAGCUGGCGAUCCUAGCGCCGGUGCACGAGCAGGGAGCAGACAUGUUCAGCUGCGGCCCGCUGACGGCAGGGUCCAGCUUCCUCUCGGUGGCGGCCGCCGCCUGGACGGUGGUCGCCUCCCGUUUGCCGGUAGGCGCGCGCGUGCUUGACACCUGCGGCCGGCCGGAACGCGCGCGUGACCAGCUGUUCGGUCUGCUGAGCUCGGCGGCGGCCGACCCUCGCCGUCUGGUGGGCGUGAUCAGUCUCUCGGAGGCGACCGGCGCCGGCGUGGCCGACAUGCUGCAGCAGGCGGGCGUACCGCACGUCUGCGUGCCGGUGGACGGCCACGGCGCCGUCUACGACCGGCUGGCCGGGCCAUACCGUACCGUGCCGCUCGUCGAGCACGAGGUGCAUGCCAUCGUGUCGCUGGCGCGCCGCUUCGGCUGGGGCUACCUGUCUGUGCUGCACUCGACCGACGCGUACGGCGUGCGCGCGCUGCAGCAGCUGACGGAGACGGCGCCGCAGCACGACAUCUGCGUCGGCUCCGUCAUCGGCGUCGGCGGCGGUUUCGGCGCGGCGGAGGCAACCGGCGCCUACGCCGAGCUGCGCCGCCCGCCGGCCGCGCCCACCGUAGUGAUUCUGGUGUCGCGGCCCGAGCAGACCCGCCUCCUGCUGGCGGCGGCCGCGCGCGGUGGCGUCGACGAUCGCCUGCUGUUCGUGGUCGGUCGCCACUGGGGCCCGCAGCUGGCGGACGAGACGCUGGCGCCAGUGCUGCGCCGGGCCGUAUUCGUCACGCUGCCCGAAGCACCCGUGACGCCCGUUACGCGCUGGCUGGCGGCCAUGACGCCGUCUGACCACGAGCCGUUCCCAGACGCAUGGUUCGCCGAGUACUCGCGGCGCGAGCGCGGCUGCCAGCCGGCGGGCGUGGCAGACGGUGCCGAGCGGCCUGCUUGCGUCGGCGACAGGAACGACACGGCGCCGCCCGUCUCGCCGUACGUGUACCACGCGGCACUGGCCGUCAGCGUGCUGCUGGACAGCCUGGACGGCUACCUGCGGCGCCACUGCGUGCCGGGCGAGCCCUGCGCCCGGCUGGUCGGCGCCGAGCUGAUGGCCGAGAUGGACACGCGCCUCGCCAACGCAUCCGGGCCGCAGCGAGCCCGCCUGAUGGAGGCCGACGGGCUGCGCGUGUGGACGCUGCCGGACGGGAGGCGGCCGCGCUCGCUCGGCUCGUACCGGCGCGGUCUUCUGCGGCUGGCCGGGCCGAUCGGCCUGUUGACGCGCCACCGGUCCGGCUGCAGCAGCGGACCGUGCCUGCAGACGUGCGCCAGGCAGUCGGACAAGUUCGCCUCGCUCUCGGUGCCGAUGCCGCUGCCAGACCUGGAGGGCUUCCGCUCCAUCUUCGGCGUCAUUUGCGUGGCGUUCUCGGCCCUGGGCGUGCUGGUGGCCCUCAUCUGCCUCAUCUACUUCAACGCGUCGGCCAGCCGCAUCUGCCGCUCGCCGGUCGACUGCCAGGUCCUGAUCGGCUUGAUGCUUGUCUGCUGUGACAACGCUGCCUUCCUGCUGCAGCCGAGCGCGGCCGUCUGCGGCACGCGCCGCUUCCUCACUGGCUUCGCCUACGCCACCGUUUACUCGGCGCUGCUCGUCAAGGUGAUCCACCUGUGGCGUGUCCGCGGCGGCCGCUCCGACGAGCUGUCGCAGCGCGGCGCGCUGCUGCUGGUCGCGCUGUGCCUGCUGGUGAUCCAGGCGUUGCUGGCCGCCGCAUGGCUGGUGCUCUCGCCGCCGCGUGUCGAACUGCUCGACGCCGCGUACCGCUGCUCGCCGGCCGGCCGCUUCGAGCAGGACCUGGCCGUGUCGCUCAGCUACGUGCUGGUGCUGAAGCUGAUGUUGGCCUGCUUCUGCAUGGCCGGCUGGCGCAGCGCCGAAAGCCACCACGAGCCGCGCUGGCUACUGGCUACGGUGGUGGUGAACAGCGCCAUCUGGACCGGCUGGCUCGGCGUCGCCCUCUCCUGGCCGCAAACGAACAGAGACAACGCCACCGUGCUCUGCAAUCUCGCCUGCACAUGCGUCUUCUUUGUCUGCCUCUACUUAAGGAAGGUGUUGUUGUUCAACUACCUUUGGCGAAAUCCGGAUGAUCCGGAGCUCCACUCGCCCAUGACGGUGUCUACCAUCAACAACUCGUUCCUCAUGCAGAUGCCAGCAAAGCUGAAGAACUUCUCGUUCGUUCGAACCCCGCAGCUGUCGGAGAGAAUACAGGAGAACGCGCGCACUUGGAACCCAUCGACGGAGGAGAACAGCGCGUCACUCAGCUUCGCUGACGACGAGAGCAUGGACCUGGACCGGUCCCUGUCCGUGCACGAGUUCCCACUGGCGGAGGAGCACAGCCGCACGGCCGCCGCCUGUUUGCACGUGGAGGCCGUCACUAGCAGCUCUGAGAGCGAGGACAUGGACCACUACGACACGCCCAAGGCGCUCAACGAGUUUGUCCGCCGGAUGGGCGACCGCACCGUGCUGGUGCUGCCGUCGGAUCACGCCGGCCAGGACGAGGACUCGAAGAUCUGAGGCCGGACGGCACCCCCGCCCCACUCGUCUCCGCCGCUCAGCAGUCCGGCCCGUCGAUCGCGACGCCCGAGCACGGCCGACACCGGCUACUGGUGCGGUGCCGCCAGACAGACAUACCUCGUGCGCAUUCCAGGUGAAAGACAAAGCCUUGCGUCACGAAAGGCAGUCCGCAGGAGCGCGGUGUGCAUGGCGUCGGAACACAAGAUAGCAGUGACGCCCCGCGAGAGUACACUCAUCGCGGCACUAGCCGAGCGCGUGUGGCGCGAGUGUGUGCUGUGGUGUCUAAUCAAUACCGCGCCGCAACGCAAGCAACCGUCCAACCAUUACAUGAUGCUCGUUAAUGCUUUAAACUGGUGCAGCAAUAUAUGAAUGUGUGUAGUGUGAAA